AUGAGACUUUUGCCACGCGAGCUCGACAAGCUCACUCUCAACCAAACUGGCCUCCUUGCCCAGCCUCUGCUGGCAACCGUCCUGCUGGAGCUCAUCCGUGACGGUACCCAUUCAGUUAGCGAUUUGCAGACGAUUGGCCAACACAUCCUUGGCUUCAGACAUGUCCAGCCGUCGGUCCCCCAAAUGCUGCAUGAGGUCCAGGUCGAGGGAACGUUCCGCGAUGGCACGUUCCUGGUAACCGUUCACACCCCCGUGUGCACGGUUGAUGGCGACCUGCAGCUGGCGCUCUACGGAGCCUGGAAUCGAUAUUGCUGUUCCCAUGGAGCGACAGGCAUAGCCAAGGAUUAUGAGCCUACCAGCGAGCUAGCAUCGGUUGGCCAUGUUAUCGCAGCACCCGGCACGAUCGAGAUCAACCAGGGACGGCCGCGCUACGCGCUUAAGGUCACAAACCAUGGCGACCGCCCACCUAACCCUACGCUCGAGAUGGACCGCGAGAUCGCCUAUGGCCGUCGCCUGGAUAUUCCUGCCGGAACCUGCCACUCACGCAUUGUCACCCUGGUCGAUAUUGCUGGCAACAAGGUUGUCCAUGGCGGCAACAGCUUUGCCUCGGCUAUCCUCGCAGAGAUGAAGGGCCUAGGCGUCAUGCACAUACCGCAGGCGCUUGAGGUCACCUCAACGUAUCCCGCGCCCGCGCACCAUGGAUCGUGCAACGUCUAUGGCGACGAGUGCAAAUUUGGUGGUGGCAAGACGCUGCGCGACGGAAUGGGCCAGACCACCCCUUUGCUGCGCCGCCAGUGCCUGGACCUGGUAAUCACCAACGCUGUCAUUAUCGACUAUACUGGCGUCUACAAGGCUGACAUUGGUGUCAGGAAUAGCAUGAUUGUCGGUAUUGGUAAGGCCGGAAACCCAGACGUCAUGGACGGCGUUACACCUGGGAUGUAUGUGGGUGCGUCAACUGAGGCCAUGGCUGGCGAGGGCAAGAUUGUUACCGCCGCGGCCCUCGACACCCACGUCCACUUUAUUUGCCCGCAACUUAUUGACGAGGCCCUAGCUUCUGGCAUCUGCACGCUCAUCGGUGGUGGCACUGGCCCUAACACCGGCACCAAUGCGACCACAUGCACGCCAGGCGCCUUCCAUAUUCGCACCAUGCUUGAGGCCACCGACUCGAUGCCAAUGAACCUUGGGUUCACUGGAAAGGGCAACUGCUCGGAAAAGGAACCACUGCGCGAGCAGGUCCGUGCUGGCGCUGUUGGUUUGAAGAUCCACGAGGACUGGGGGUCCACGCCAGCUGUUAUCGACUCGUGUCUCACUGUGUGCGACGAAAUGGAUGUUCAGACAACUAUCCAUACCGACACACUGAAUGAGUCUGGAUUUGUCGAGCACACUAUUGCUGCUAUUGGCGACCGCACUAUCCACGCGUACCACACCGAGGGUGCUGGGGGCGGACACGCACCUGACAUUCUGGCCGUGUGCGGCCAUCCGUCAGUCAUCCCGUCAUCGACCAACCCAACCAGACCGUACACUGCCAACACUUGUGAUGAGCACCUUGACAUGCUCAUGGUUUGCCACCAUCUGGACAAGCGUAUUGCUGAGGACGUCGCCUUCGCCGAGAGCCGCAUUCGUGGCGAGACUAUUGCUGCUGAGGAUGUGAUGCACGACUUGGGCGCCAUCUCGGUUAUGUCGUCCGACUCGCAGGCCAUGGGCCGUAUCGGCGAGGUUGUUGGUCGCACCUGGCGUACUGCUGACAAGAUGAAGCGCCAGCGCGGACACCUGCCUAUCCCUGAAAACAGCGAUGAACUCGGAAUCCCGCGUGCCUCAAUCUACGACCGCGCCGACAACUUCCGCAUUCGCCGCUACAUUGCAAAGUACACGAUCAACCCAGCCAUUGCUCACGGACUGUCGCAUGUCGUUGGCUCGAUUGAGGUGGGUAAGAUGGCAGAUCUGGUAAUGUGGACACCGCAGGAAUUCGGCAUCCGACCCUCGGUUGUGAUUAAGGGAGGAAUGCCGGUAUACGCCCAGAUGGGUGACGCCAACGCUUCGAUCCCAACAGUUCAGCCAGUCUACAACCGUCCCAUGUUCGGUGCUCUACCGGGCAGUGUCAAGACCAACUCAAUUGCGUUUGUAUCGCAGGCUAGCCUUGAUGAUGACUAUGGCGCAAUGGCAAAGACGUACCAGAUCACCAAGCGCCUGAUGCCAGUCAAGAAGUGCCGCUUCAUUGGCAAGAAAGACCUGAAGCUCAACUGCGCAUUGCCAAACGUCACUGUCGACCCAGAGACGUACGAAGUCAAGCUGAAUGGCGAGCCGUGCUCGUGCGAGCCUGCCACUGAGCUGCCGCUCACUCAGAAGCACCUGGUUUUCUAA